AUGGAAAACUCACAAGAGAUCCGGCCGCCGCUACCUCCCAGACCGUCAAAUUUGGAUUUACUGGAUGAACGGGGCGCUGGAGGUUCCAUCAGGAUGCCUAAACGGAUGGCCUCACGACCAAAUCUACAAGCACGACCAACUACUGCCGUUUCCUUGACUGAUGUCCAUACAUCAAAUAACCUACAAGACCAUGGCUCUCCCAAUCUCGCUCCUGCCAGCAGACCUGUAUCCAGGAAACAGAGUAAUGCUAACAUGGACCGGUUUCGAAGUCGUGUGGGCAGUGACGCAGCUGAAACAAGCAGUGUCCGCAGCUUCACAAACACGCUCGGAACAGGCGCUGAGAUGGAAAGUCUACUCGGUGACCCGUUCCCUACAAGCCCUGCUUGGAAAUCUCUCAGUGCACAACUGGAAAAGGAAAAUCCGAUGGAUCACGUCUUUGAUGAGGACGAUAUUUUCAGCCUUCGCAUGCAUCAUGAAUUUGACGAGUUGGAGAAGUUCAGAGCUAACGGAACGAAUGAGGAGUUUUUGAUGAAUUCGUGGACUUCGAAACUAAAGCAUUUCUUCAUCCUGUCCUCGGCGGGGAAACCCAUCUGGAGUAGACACGGUGAUGAUCAAGUCAUUGCCAAUCACAUUGGUAUACUGCAGACCCUCAUCUCGUUCUAUCAAGACGUGAACGACAAUCUACGCGGCUUUACUACUGGGAAUGCAAGAUUUGUCAUCUUGUCCAAAGGCCAUUUGAACCUGGCAGCCAUCAGCAGACUCGGCGAGAGUGAUUUGCAGCUUAGAACACAGCUGGAAUCUCUGUAUAUGCAAAUCCUUUCGACGUUGACUUUACCAAGCAUGCAACGCAUGUUCUCGAACCGACCUUCCACAGAUUUGCGACGACCACUACAAGGCACAGAAGUCCUACUCGGAGCCCUAGCCGAUGGAUUCACAAGAGGCUCUCUACCAACUCUGCUCUCCGCACUCGAAUGUCUCAAGAUCAGAAAAUCACACCGCCAAGUCAUCAACAACACUCUCCUCAAAGUCAAAUCACCAAAUCUACUUUACGGUCUUAUGGUAGCGGGUGGCCGUCUAGUCAGUGUAGUGCGACCACGAAAACACUCUCUGCAUCCAGGAGACCUCCAACUCAUCUUCAACAUGCUCUUCGAAGCCGGCAGCGUCAAAGCCGGAGGAGGCGAGAAUUGGAUUCCGCUUUGUUUGCCUGGGUUCAACAAUACCGGUUUCCUUUACAUGUAUGUCAGUUUCUUGGACAUUGGCCAGGAUACUGCAAAAGUGUCGGAAGAGAGGCCGCGGCCUUCGACUUCGCCUAGAGAUGAUGAUCAAUUGGCUAUUAUCCUCAUUAGCGCGGACAAAGAGGCUUUUUACGAAUUACGCCAGAUGAGGGAUGAUUUGAUCGAGCAACUCAACACCAACGGCAGCAUGUCCAUCCUCAGCACCUCCAUCCGCCACGGCCGCCCCUCCAUCUCCUCUAUCCUUCCUUCCUCCCCUCUUCUCCACUUUAUCUACAAAUCGCGUCCUAACGUCCAAUUCUUCACUCCCUCGUUCCACCCGCACUUCUCCUCCUUGGUCCCCCAUCGCCGCCUCGUAUCUCUAUACUCGGCUUUACACACUGCGGUCCAUAAUAAGACAGCACAUCUCAAGGUUCACUAUGCCUGUGCGAGGGAUGCAGUCGCGCUGGGUUGGGAAACUAGAGAGUAUGAAUUUUAUUGCGUUGCAGGGGCGGGCGCGAGUAGAGAGGCUGUGGCCAAAGCGGCGCAGGAGGUUGUCAAGUGGGUGAGACGGGAAGAAGAAAGGGUGUUUAUUAUUGGUGGUGCUGUGUUUUGA